GGUCAUUAAGUUUUGUCGGAGUUUCUUUUCCUACAUCCUGCAUAUCUGCGGCUAGACUAAAGUUCAGAAGUGGUAUCGACGAGAAGAUUUAUUCUUCUCCAUCUACGCCUGUGGAAGACAAAAAUAAACUUUCAGUAAAAUGGAUCGUGAGGAGAUGAGAAACAAAGGUCAUGAUGAUUCUGGUUCAGACCCAGGGAUGUCCAGAGUUCAGGACAAGGGUCGAGGAGCACUGGAAUCGAGACACCGAGAGUCCAGUCAUGAGACUUGGCCGAGAGGCUCCUCACGCGAGAGGCGUGCUUGGAGACAAUGUUCAGAGCAACCAGGGGUAUCACGGGUGCGUGAUACUGAGGUUGAAUAUCGUGAGGAUCUUGGCGAAGAGCGCCGAGAUCGAAGAAUGGUUCAAAGGACAGAAGAGAGAGCUCUUCAUACACCUGCGAGGUCAAUACGUCAUCGGUCUCAGAGUGCUGAGUCAGAUGCCCAUGAGGAUCUUCGAGAAAGGAGUUCGAGUUGGAACAGGCUACGACUUGAAGGCCAAGCACAUUCGCGUCCGACUCCUAGGCGUGAAAGGAAAAGAAGUCGGAGUUCAACGAGAAGAGAUGGUGAGCAAUCACCAUUUUCUAAUUCUAAGAGAUUUAAGCGUUCAGAUCCAACAGAUAAUAUUUUAAAUAGUUUUUUGACAGUUUUGAAAUCAAUCAAAAGCUCAGAUAGACCAAAAUUAUCUUUUAAUACCAACAUUGUACCGGAAUUCGACCCGAUGUCUAAAGAGCAAACUGUUUUAACUUGGUUGACAAAAGUAGAGGAGUGUGCUGAAAUAUAUGGGUGGGAUGAUAGGGAGACCAUCCAUUACGCUUUGCCAAAAUUAACUGGGGUAGCAAAGUCUUGGUACCAGAAUCUGCCAACUAUGAUGUUUAAAUGGACGGAGUGGAAAAAGAAAUUAAUUGAAUCUUUCCCGGUACGCGAAGAUUACGCUGAGCUUUUGAGUGAAAUGCUAGCUAAAAGAGUCAAAUACGGUGAAUCACUUGAACAUUACUAUUACGCGAAAAUAAACUUGCUGAAUAGGUGUAGGAUUUAUGGACGUCAAGCUGUUGAUUGUAUUUUGUAUGGAGUUGAAGACAGGGCUAUUAAAGUGGGUGCACAAGCUGCACAGUUCUCAGAACCAGAGCAGGUGCUUAAAUAUUUUAGAACUGUCAAGGUAGGUAAUAGCCGAGAAAAUCGUGAUUUAAAUUCGAGUUUUCGAACUGAUCGUAAAAAUCUGGCUUCUACAUCAAAAUCGGGAAGUUCAUUAAAAAUUACGUGCUAUAAUUGUGACCAAGCUGGUCAUCCUAGUUACAAAUGCGAAAAACCAGCCGCUAAGUGUACGAAUUGUGAAAAAUCAGGUCACCUAGCCAUUCACUGUUUUAGAAAUAAGCGCCCAAAUAAAGAUCAGAAGGAUAGCAAUCAAAGUACAAACAAAAAUGAACAGCAAGUGGCUCAGUUGAAUUUAGUCGAGGAGCUCACUGCUAAAUAUUUGAUUGAUAUUAAAGUGAACAGCCACGUAGUAGACUGUCACUUAGAUUUAGGAAGCCAAUGUUCCCUUAUCAAGUUAUCCAAAGCCAAAGAAUUAAAUUUAGACAUAGUCACGCCGGAGGACUUACCUGUACUCAGGGGCAUAGGCGCUAAUUUGAUUUCACCAGUAGGUAUGACUAUUGUUUCCAUUGAGGUCCAAGGCUUAGAGGACAGCAUAAAUUUGUACGUGGUAGAGGAUUAUGUAAUAAAGCAAUCAGUUCUCUUAGGAC